GAAAAUACAAAGCGAGGAUCUAUGGGACAGUUAGAUCGACAACUGGACCAGUUGCGACGAGGCGAGAUUAUCACAGAACAAGAGGUUGAAGAGUUAUGUACGAAAGCAAAGGAAAUAUUGACUGAAGAAAGCAAUGUCCAAAGAGUAGAUGCUCCUGUCACGAUUUGCGGUGACAUUCAUGGUCAGUUUCACGAUCUAAAAGAAUUAUUUAAAGUGGGUGGUGAUUGUCCGGAUACAAACUACCUCUUCAUGGGUGAUUUUGUUGACCGAGGGUUCUAUUCUGUUGAAACUUUUUUACUGCUAUUAGCACUCAAAGUACGAUACCCAGACCGAAUUACAUUGAUCCGAGGCAAUCACGAAUCACGACAAAUUACACAAGUCUAUGGAUUUUACGAAGAAUGUUUACGCAAAUAUGGCUCUUCAAAUGUAUGGAGACACUGCUGUGAAAUCUUUGAUUACCUUAGUCUAAGUGCCAUUAUUGAUGAUAGAAUCUUUUGUGUUCAUGGAGGUUUAUCACCAAGUAUAAACACAUUAGAUCAAAUCCGAACCAUUGAUAGAAAACAAGAAGUUCCUCAUGACGGUGCCAUGUGCGAUUUAUUAUGGUCAGAUCCUGAAGAUAUCGAAGGAUGGGGGUACAGUCCUCGAGGUGCUGGGUAUUUAUUUGGAGGUGAUGUGGUGAAAAGCUUUUUACAUACAAAUGGAUUAAAGUUGAUUGCUCGCGCCCAUCAACUUGUUAUGGAAGGAUUCAAACCAAUGUUCAAUGAUACUAUUGUUACAGUGUGGUCAGCUCCAAAUUAUUGCUAUAGAUGCGGGAAUGUAGCCGCCAUAUUAGAAUUGGAUGAUCAAUUAAAUAAAAACUAUAAAAUGUUUGAAGCAGCACAGCAGCAAGAUUUCCUUGGUCUUCCUGUUAAAAAAACAGUACCUGAUUAUUUUCUUUAGUGUUAUAUUAUCGACUUUUUUUUUUUUAUUUACAUCAUAUCAAAUCGAACACAAAAACAAACGAAUAAAAUUCUGGUAUAUCCGAAAAUCAUAAAA